GCCUCGCUCAGGUGGAGUGAACGGACGGAGUGAGAGAUUUGAAAACAGCAGAGCAGGAAAAUGGACUCAGCAGAGCAGGUUGUAGUCAGAGAGAGGGGCAGAUAGGGGGGUGGGGGGCAGUUGGAGGGGGCAGAAGGUCCCAGAGUGGAGCUGCUGGUGGAGAAGGAGGAGAAGGUCAUAGAUUUUGGGUUAUAGGUUAUAGAUUAGCCCUGGAUCUGUCCAGCUGUCCUGUGUGCCCUCAGUGCCCAGAAUGCCGCUGGACUCGGGCUGUGUGGGAGAGCGCCCUGCCCGCCCCGCCAGCAAAAACGCCAAGGACAAAAGCAACAGCGCCGCUCUGCUGGCCUCCAGAUCACGAGCACAUACGCAGCAGGAGGUGGACGGCCGGGACUCGCGCUGCAGCUCCGAGAAGGACUCCGGAUACUCAGAUACUGGUUCUGACUCGCUCCAGACAGAUGCGGAGGAUCAGAGGAGCGUUUCUGAGCCGAAGCUCCACAAGGCCCCGGGGGUCCAGAGUGUUUCUGAUCAGGGAAAGCACAUCCUGGUGUCCACACCUCCGGAGCUCACGCCCAUCUUCAUCAUCAAAAACGUUGUUUUAAAACAGCCAGUGCAGUCGGGUCAAGAGCAUGUUCUCCAGUCUCCUUUGGGCUGGGGGUCCGGAGGGGCUAACCCUCAGACCCCCACGCACCUUCUCCUGCUGCAGCAGCCCGGCCUCAGCACCCCACCACUGCACCUGCUCAAACCGCAGAGCCAAAGAUCGAAGAGCAAAAACACCUACCUCCCCAUCCUCAACUCCUACCCCCGCAUCGCCCCGCACCCCAGCAAGAAGACCCCCGACAAGCCUCCAGCCAGCUUGGGGGGCAGUGCAGACGAGCACAGCCUGAGUAAGAGGGUCUGCACAGAGGCGAAACGAGAGGAGGUGUCCACGUCUACGCAAGCGCCCGAAAAGCAUCCGCGAAAGCAGCCUGAAAGCCGUCCCCAGCCCCGCCCCCUCCGCACUCCUGACACACUUCUGGUCCCCCACCAUCGGAGGAGCCCUCGCCCCCCCUGCAGCCCUUCCCCCCUUAGCCUGAGCUCUCCUUCUGUCUCCAGCUCGGAGACGCCCUCCCCGCCUUCGGCAUGCGAGUCUGCCGCGCCGUCCAGCAGGGGACUCCAAAAGCACGCCUCGGGCACUGACUCUGACUCCGCUUCAGCAGGGGGCGCUCUGCCCGCUUCAGCGAAGCACCGUCGCUUCCUCAACACGGUGGAGAUCCUUAGCCAGUCGGGGCUGCUGGACAUCACCCUGCGGACGCAGGAGCUGCUGAGGCAGAGUGCCGCCACCGAGCGGGAUAUUGCUCAGCUGCGCCAGCAUGCGCAGCUGCUGUGCCACGCCGCCCAGGCCGGUGCCCGCACACCUGCCGCCUGGAUGCAGCUCCAUCAGGCCAUGGCUGAGUCUGGCUGCUACCCCAGCCUCAAGGGCCUGGUGCUGGAGACCGCCGAGGAUGGGCAGCUGGAGGCGGAUAUCAGUGGCGUGGAGCCCUAUGCCCCUGCCGCCUGCGGGUACGGGAUUAACGGGGGCGAGGAAAUGGCCCCCCCGUCCCCCCUCCUUGCCCCCACGCACUCGCCAUCUGAAGCUCAGGGCUCUCACAGUGCGAGUGCCACCACUCCAGGGCACAGCAGAGGGCCCAGAAGUGGCAGCACCAGCCUGCCUGAGGAGAUCCUGAUGCCUCCAGAUAGCUCUACUCCUGGAGGACUGCUGUAGCAGACCAUAGUGUUAAAGCGAUAGUUCAGCAAAAAAGUCCCAAAUGUAGUUGAUCAGCCGAGACAUGUUUGGUGUCUGAGGUUUUUCUUCUUUAGUUUUGGCAGUGAAGCUAUAAGGCAUGGAGUGGAAGCCCCACCAAUUAGCGUGGUGCUAACUAGCACCAUAAACGCCACGAAAGCGACCCAAAAAGAACAAGAGGUCCACUUCCAUCAGAAGCUCAUCCGGAUUGUUCCAUGAGUUGUUUAUGAUCCCAAACCCGCAGCCCUCAAGGAGGUUCAGCGUGCAGCACAAGUUGCCAAAGCAGAUGCCAAACCAGAAUCUCAGCGCUAAAACCAAAGAAGCGAACUUGGACACCAAACACCUCUGCUGAUCUGGGUAGAGCGAGGGGGCCGAGGGGGUUUGACGAGACGCCUAACUGAACUAUCGCAUUAACUGCUUGGCCUUCACGGUGGAAGAGCUGUGUGGGCCGUGUUUGCAGUUGGAUAUUGAUCUUCUCUAAAGGGGAAUAAUUGUGAAUUAGGGUUUAAUGAUCUUUGUGUAUAAGUGAGUAUGUAUGUGUGCGUUUGAUGCUCCGGACGGAUUCGACUACAAUAAAAAGCCAAACUCUUUCCCAUCA